CCAAAGUGAAUAUAUUGGAACAUAAACAGUACAUCAGAAGUUGGUACAACCAUGAAGUUAGACCAUUAAAAACAUACCAAUGAAAUUGAAUAGCAUCGAAAAACUUCAACUUCAUUAUAUAAUUACAUGAGAUCAGAAAGAGAACACCAUUAAUUUGCUUUAUAAAACUUUCAUCUUGUCGUCAUUGUGCUUUCUGGUUUUUGUCUGGCCAUGAUAAAAUCUAAGGAAAUCAAGAACGAACAAAACGAUUUGGGAUAGGAACCGCCGUUGUCGUAUUCCUAGAAAAUGGUGGUAAACACGGACUCACCUGCCAAACUGGUUUGGAUUGAGAUUUUUAUCGGGUAUUAGGGAACCAUGUGAUUAUAAAUUAGACUUGAUCAAAACGGGCCAAAACUUAAAAUUCAGCCUGUUUGACCGACCCAUGCAAAAUUCUAAUUACUCGUUACUUUUAAACUUUCUAUUUGAAAAUAAAAAACAGUGAAAGAAAAGAGAUGACUGCAAUUCGCCAUUUGCACAUCACUUAUUCGGGAAUAAAACCAUAGAAAUUCAAAAGUAACUGAAAAUGUUUAGGAUCGUUUUAAUGUUUAAAAUAACCAAAUAGAUCUUUCUAUUUAGUUUUUUACUAACAAAUACCAAACGAUUCCCUAUAAAAUACACUAUAAUUUUAUCAUUAUGAUAUCAAAUAAUUAUAUAAUAUAUAUUAGAAAUGAUAAAAAUUGGACUAAUUGGGUUGGUCGAGGUUGAACCAUUGAAUAACUUUAAAAUACAUUAUAUUUUAGCCACUAAGAUAUAAAAUAAUAGCAUAAUAUAUAUUAUGCCAAAGAAAAUAGCUUGUUUUAGAAUGUCAAACCAAUGAUAUUCAUUUGUUUUACUUGAUGGCCAAAUCCCGCGUAGGUCAUGCCCAUUCAACUCUUUUAUUUUCUGGUUAGCGGUUAGCCCAUUAGAUACCAUGCAUUAGUUUAUUGUUAAAUUUUUUAUUUUUAGCAAUAAAAAGAAGUAUUGUUUUUUCCUUUUCAUAUAUAUUUUAUCACCACGGGGAAAUAAAAGGGUAUAAAGAAAAAAAUUGACACUCCUGGACCCGUUUAAAUCCGCAUGUGUACGGUAAGUUGGCCCGUUCCAUAGAGGAAAGAGAAAAAAAUUGACACUCCCUAUUCUACCCUUCCUACAAACGCUACUGGAGCAGGGAAUUUGAAAUGGGGGAAGAGUUUUUUCCACCCUGCUAUUAUAUGUUUUUAAUUUAAAAGGAUACAACAAAUGUACUUAGUGUGAUUGGUUAUGAUCCUUGCCUUUCUUUAAAAUGGUCAUGGUUUGAAUCCUAGUACGUAUCAUUUUUAAUGAAUAAAAAAAAGUAAUUGUGAAGACCAAAAUGUCCUUCCUACUUUCACUCUCGUUGCAAAAAAUUUGAAAUUGGGCUCCCGUUUUUCCCAGGUUAUUUGGUAUUUCAAAAAAUUAAAUUAAAUUUUUAAAUAUAAUUCUCUUUCUUUUAUUACGGAUUUCCAGCGUAAAAAAUUACUCAUGAAAAAUUACUACUACUUAUAGUAGUAGUGAUUUUUGUGGAUUGCAGUAGUGAUUUUAUAUAUUUUUUUAGAGUUUAAAUUACUAUCAGUAGUGAUUCUGGAAUUUGCCGUAGUAAUUGCUAACUUUUAGAAAGAAAUGAUAACUUAUUCAUUAUUAAUAUUAGUCUGUAAAAAAGUGCUUGAAAAUGGAAAAGGGCUACUAAUAAUGAAUCACCAAAUAAGAAAACACUACUAACGUUAGAAUCACUACUACACAAUUGACAAUUGGUAAUGGAUUAUGGGACUCGAGGACUGCCGCAGAUCCACCGCUCCAAUCCGAAGACCCGACCCCCAACAACUUCAGAGCGGAGCAGAGGACGGCGUUGCAACAAUAAACCGCAAAGGAGAGAGGGAGGCACUGGCUGUGGUAGCAUCACAGGGAGUUACACGCGGGAGAAGCGAAAUGCCUGUCACCUACUUCCAGCCGAUGCAAUCUUCUCCGACGGGAAGCUUUCUCUGCUAGCGACCGCCGCCGAUUCGUCGGCUCUCUCUACCAACCGGCGUAACGGAUGUUGUCGACGAGGGAACGAUGAGACAUGCUCAACCGCGAACCCAACAACCGCUUCUCCCUACGUUUUGCUCUCUUGUUCCUCGCCGGCAAAGAUGAUUAGCAACGUGGCCUCCAUUCUAGAACUAAUCUUUGGAAAUAGCAGGAGCAGUUUCGUGGUAGAGGAAGUUGUGAGAAAGAGGCUGCGGAGUGAUGAGAGUGGCUGAGUGAUUUUAUAAUUAGGGUUAGGGGAUUUAAUUUUGUAAUUGACAAAGAUAACCUCCAACUAAUUAUAACCCUUGAAUUAUUAUUUAAUUUAAUGACUAUAAUGAUGGUUAGUAUGGUGCUAACCCUUUAAAGGGUUAGCAACUAAUCUCGUUCCUUCUAUGUAGGGGUAAAGCAUUAUUAUGAAUUUAUGAUGCAAUUCACAAAUCAACCAAAUGAACCAAUUAGUCAACACAAGAAACCAAAAGAAUUAAACAAAUUCACAACUCACUAGUAGUCAGCACGAGAAACCAAAAUUAAAUUAGAAUGAACAC